AAUGUGGAUGAAUAGAAAAACAAAAUUUGAAUGAGACAGAGAAUUCUAAUCAACAUAUGUGGGCGCAGUCCAGCUAAUUUCCUACCGGACAAUGCUAUCUCUCUCUCGUUACUUGUUUGCCUCUCUCUCUCACCUCCAAUGUCUCCCCAAACUCUCUCCUUCCUGUUUUUCAGCACCUUCAUCUUCUUCUACUCAAUUUCUGCCAUCGAUUUCACAUUCAACAACUUCAACUCGUCCACACUCCUCACCUUCGGCAACGCCUCAAUCCAAUCGUCAAUCCUCACUCUCACCAACGACACCGCCUACUCUAUAGGCCGAGCUCUGUACCCACAACCAAUACCCACUAGACCCCCAAACUCAUCUCAUCUCCUUCCCUUCUCAACCUCCUUCAUUUUCUCAAUCUCUCCAUACCCUCACCUCCUUCCCGGCCAUGGCUUCGCCUUCAUUUUCGUACCCAGAACUGGAAUCCAAGGCACCAGCUCAGCUGGGAAUCUGGGUCUCCUCAAUUUCACCAAUGAUGGCCACCCAGAUAACCAUUUGUUCGCAGUCAAGUUCGACGUCUUCAAGAACCAGGAAUUCAAUGAUCUUAGUGACAACCAUGUUGGGGUCAACGUGAAUUCUCUAUCUUCUAUGGCGGCUCAUGAAGCUGGAUUCUGGGUUGGGGAUGAUGAUGAUGGUAGUUCAGAGUUUCAGAUGUUGAAGCUUAACAAUGGUGAGAACUAUCAAGCGUGGAUUGAUUAUUUUGAUUCGCAUAUUAACGUUACUAUGGCUCGGGCGGGCAUGAUAAAGCCUAAAAGGCCUUUGGUUAACGUUUCUAUUGAUCUUUCUGAUGUUUUCUUGGAUCAAAUGUAUGUUGGGUUUUGUGCUGCCACUGGGCAAUUGGUUGAACGUCAUAUGAUUUUGUCAUGGAGCUUUAGCAAUUCCAAUUUCUCGAUUGGUGACGCUUUGAUUACAAACAAUUUGCCAUCGUUUGUUCUUUCCAAUGGUUCGGUUUUUCGUUCCAAAGGGUUCAUUGUUGGGGUUAGUGUGGGUGGUGUGUUUCUUAUUGGAUGUGCAGCUGUGGUGUAUGUGGUUUUGCUUAAGAGAAAGAAUAGGAAAGGGAGUGUGAAAUUGGAAGAUUGGGAGUUGGAAUAUUGGCCUCAUCGGAUGGAUUAUCAAGAGAUUUACACAGCAACUAAUAGGUUUUCAGAAAAAAAUGUAAUUGGGUGUGGUGGGAAUGGGAAGGUCUAUAAAGGGGUAUUGGUAGGAGGAGUUGAGGUGGCCAUAAAGCGCAUUUCACUCAAAAGUGAGCAUGGGAUGAGAGAAUUCUUGUCUGAGGUUUCCAGUUUAGGCAGGUUGAAGCAGAGAAACUUGGUGGGAUUGAGGGGGUGGUGCAAGAGUGAGAAAAGAAGUCUAAUUUUGGUGUAUGAUUAUAUGGAAAAUGGGAGUUUGGACAAGUGGCUUAUUGGGUGUGAAGAUAGUAUGGUGCUGAGUUGGGAAGCGAGGAUUAAGGUCCUUAAAGAUGUGGCUUCUGGGGUCUUGUAUUUGCAUGAGGGAUGGGAAAGCAGGGUGUUGCACAGAGAUAUCAAGGCAAGCAAUGUGUUGCUUGACAAGGAUAUGAAUGCUAGGUUGGGGGAUUUUGGAUUGGCCCGAUUGCACAAUCAUGGAGAAUUGUCUAUCAUGACACAAGUGGUUGGCACUGUGGGGUACAUGGCUCCAGAAGUUGUUCGAACAGGGCGUGCCUCAGCUCAAACCGAUGUGUUUGGUUUUGGGGUCUUGGUUCUAGAGGUGGUGUGUGGACGAGCUCCCAUCCAAGAAGGGAAGCCGGGGUUGAUUGACUUGGUGUCGGGGCUGAUGGAGAGGGGGGAAUUGAUUAGUGCUCUGGAUGAGCGGCUAAAGGCCAAGGGUAGAUAUAGUGAAGAGGAAGUUGAGAGGGUGCUCCAUUUGGGAUUGUUAUGUGCAUAUCCAGAUCCUAGUAUUCGGCCUACGAUGAGGCAAAUAUUGAAGGCGUUGGAGGGAACAAAUGAUGGGACUGAGUCUGAGGGUGAAGCAAUGGAUGCAACUUUGCUUGAUAGAACAAGCACAACAGCAAUGUGGUCUAAUUAUCAUCGGGGCAUUGGUGGAGGACACCCUACAUAUGAGGAAAUUAAGAAGGCUCAGUCUUCUACCAUGUCUCUCUCCGAAUCAGAUAUCAUCUCAGAGGGUCGAUAACAUUGUGUUAGUUGCAGUGUCGAUGAUUACAUUAGAUGGGAGGUUAAUGAAUUUUUAUGAGAAUGCACUCUGUUGAAUGGGCCUUUUGAUAGUGAUCCUGAUAACAAAAGUUUGAUAAUUCCCGUUGUUGGAUUGGAACGCUUGCAAAGAGCUACUUUUUGCAUUGCAGUGGGAUGAUUGUAUCAUGUUCAAUCUGCACCGGAACCCAGAUUUUUGAAUGAUUAUAGAAUGGAGUUCAUACGAUUUGCUAGGACUGAAGCUUAUUUGAAGACUACUAAACCUGAAAGAACUGUCAGCAUUGAAAAUCUACAAGCACAAAUUCUCUAACAGGAGGAGAAAUUUUGAGGAGUACCAGCAGGCCAUUCAAUAGUCUCUGCAUUAAUUAAUAAACAAUUGCCAGAGUUUAUAAGUCCUCACAUUGUGCUUGUCAUGAAUUGGAGUAUUGGAUCAUUAGGCUGGUUUAUUAGAUCCCAAGUUUUCUUUCUUGAGAAGAUGUUUGUUUCUUGAGGAGGGUAGAAUUUGAAAGGUUGUCCCCAUUCUUUCAUUUUGAUGAUGCUUCAUUCUGUAAUCAUGUGUGGCCAAACAAGAUUCAUUACACUAGUUUAGAUGCACUAUAUUUUCACUUGUUAUAAGAACAGAUUAUUUUGUUUGUUAUUAUUUAAGACAUUUGAAUGCAAAUACAUUCUUAUGAA